AACGCAGUAUUCUCGCUGACACGUAGGACAGACGUCGAACGUGUAGUCAGCGCCCGCGCGCCACUUUAACUAACUCGUCUACGACACUAUACGAACGCGUAAAGUUUCACGGUGGGACGAAACCGCAUAGUUCCAGAUUUGUACCAUAUUCCGUCAACUUCGGGUGAAUACAAUAAUAUUUUGGUUAAUAUUAACAGUUUUUCGAAUUUUUCGUUUUUUUUUUCCGGAUCAUUUUGAUUUUUUUUUCAAUUGGAUAACACGUCAUUUCGUCUAGGCAGAAGUCUCAUACCGAAUCUAUUACAUAUGCGUCGUGGGACUUGGAACAUCGAUCAGACUAACUGGUGACUGCAGAAUAACUGAUACCAAUCAAUUUCUGUGAAUCAAAAAUUGAGUUAAAUAUCUAACGGGAAGAUAAAAUGCGACCUCUAUAGGAGGUUUAACGGGCAGUGAUGCUGUUUUUCACAUUUAUUGUCUGUGCAAUAGCCAUCAACAAUGUUUCGUCGAAAAUAGGAUACUUUUGGCACAUCACCGAUAUACAUUAUGACGUGAAUUACGCAGCCACCGGCGAUUACGCACAAAGUUGCAAGCGGUCGGCGGUCGAUCCGGAACUAUUGGUCAUGGAACGGCCCAGUCUACCGUCCGGCGGCGGUAGACUGGGCGACUACGGAUGUGAUUCGCCGUGGACACUGGUCCAGUCCGCUGUGAAGGCAAUGAAGGAGAAGCACGGGGACAACAUCGAAUUCGUGCUAUGGUCCGGAGACUCCGUGUCGUCAGACGUAGUGGACAUGCAUACCCGCGUGAUGGCUAUCCAGAACGUUACCAACCUCCUCAUCCAUACGUUUAGCAGCCAGUUCGUAUUUCCGGUGCUGGGCCACGAUGACCCAGGUGCCUUGAAAAACCAGUUGAUAGACUACACGAGUCUGGGACACUAUUGGCGGCAGUGGUUACCCACCGACGCCAUACAGACGUUCAACAAAGGAGGUUAUUAUACGAUCGAGCAAAAAGGAAAUAAACUUAGGAUAAUUGCGCUCAAUUCAAAUGCAUUUUCGACUGUAGAAAGACAGCAAAACGUUGUCAACCCUAUAGAACAGCUCGAAUGGUUGGAAAAAAUCUUAUUGAAAUCAGUCAUGAACAAAGAAACGGUGUAUCUGGUGAGCCACAUGUGCCCGGGAGCCAACGAAAGAGACCAGGACGAGGCACCUACGUUCAAAGACGACUACAGUGCGAGAUAUAUGGAAAUGAUCCGGAGGUUUGCGAACAUCAUUGUCGGACAGUUUUGCGGUCAUUUGCACUCCGACACGUUCCGAAUCGUCUACGACCAGCACAAAAAACCAGUGUCGUGGAUGAUGGUGGCGCCGUCGUUGACGCCUAACAAGUCUCCUGGCGUUUCCAACAACCCUGGCUUGAGACUGUACAAAUUCAACACGAAUUCGGGCCACAUUAUAGAUUACACGCAGUACUACAUCGAUCUGGAGUCGUCGCCCAACGGCGAUCCGGACGACUGGAGAAUCGAGUACAACCUAACGCACUACUACGGACUCCACGAAAUCACGCCCAGGUCUUUGCACGCGAUCGCUGAAACGUUCCAAGACGACGAGUCGGUGCAGUUCGACAGAUACAUAGAAGCCAACUCGGUGCGACAGUUCAAACCCAAAGAUUGCAAUCUGGAAUGCAGGCGAGCGCAUUAUUGUGCCGUCACCGAGCUCGACUACAGUCGGUUUCACAGUUGCGUGGAGACGGCCGCUGAGGCACUUUCCGGGUCGGUUCGUCCACGGAGCGGGAAAGCUCUUUUCACAGCAGCCGCCCUGCUUACCGUCGUGAUGCUGACACGGCACUGCCGCCACUAGCCACUGCUAACACCGCCGACAACGCAAACAAAGUCUUCGGAGACGUCUACUCACGAAAACGUAUAAUAACAUUACAACAACAGCAAAGGUCGACUCGACGUUUUUCUCUAUAUCUUUCUCUUUAUAUAUAUAUAUAUAUAUAUAUUUAGCUCUCUUUCUCUCUCUCUCUCUCUCUCUCUCUCGCUCUACUUGUCUCGAUCUCUCGGUUACAAAUCUUUGUGUGUAUAUAAUAUUUAAAAAAUAAACUCGCGUCAGACGUGUCACGACUUCCGUCAUCGAAAUCGCUUCUCGACGAUCUAUAAAAUAAAUAUAUAUAAUACGA